UGUAAGAUUUGAAUUUAAAAUAACAUUUAGCGUUGAGUUGGAAGUUGAACAAAAAAGAGGCCUUCUUCAUCAGUCACAAGCAAGCAAGCAAGCAAGCCCUACCAUCAUCAUCUCAGUCGGUCGCUGUAAUUUUUCAAUCUUUGACUACAGAUUGAGAUGGAAUUUGUCGAUGAAGAUGACAAAUCUUUAGUGGAACUGCUCAUAGCUCAGGAUAAUCAACUUGGUGAGAAGAAAUCUGCUGAGGAAGAUUGCAAAGCUUUGUUGGAACAAGUCAAUGCUCAGGAGAAGGAACUUAGGAAUAAGAGAAGGUGGUUGCUUGGAUUAACAACAUUUGAAGACCAAGAAGCCGAUGAUGAUGAUGAUACGGAUGAAGAUGUGAAAACAUCUAAUGCUGAAUUCGAAAGGCGGCACCCCGUACCUGAAUCCCUGCUUAGGGAAGAUGAUGUUUCGUACGAGGUUAUAAAGUCUUCUCUUGAAAAGGGAAUAUGUAACAAUAAUAACAAAUAUCAUAUUAGUGAGGAUGAGAUGCAGCUUGUUAAUUUACCUAGAGAUGCGAGAGGUGUUUUGCAGCUAACUAAGGAUAUGACCAAUCAAGGGCUAGAUCGUUUUGUGGAGGCUCUAACCGACGGUUCAGUUGAUUUCGCUAAAACCCGUUGGAAGAUGACCCAGAUGAUCAAAGAACACCUCUCGUCUUCCUCGUUGAAUAAACGCCAGACUCUAGAGCUAUCCGAGAAUCAACUUGCAGUGCUGAAGAAUCCACAUAAUUACCGUUGGAGUAGCGAGUGCCGUUUUGUUCCCGCAGACUCUGAUUCGUUGCGUGCGGCUGUUUAUAAGAUACUCGGUGCGCUUGAAGCGUUACCGACUCAAACUCUUUUUGCGAUGCAUAGGAAAAUCAAAGGAAUUAAACAUUACAUGCCUCAGUUAAUACCGGUUAAAAAAUCUGGGUGGGGACGAGACGCGUUGAUCGAAUGCUUGAGAAAGAAAUCGUUGAAAUUGCUUUCGAAACUUAAUGAAGGGGAUUCGUUACCGGAACCGUUGGCAAAAGCAAUGGAUGUUGCGGGCUUGAGUUUUAAGCUGAUUCAAGGAUGUGAGUUUGCGACCAACUUCGUAAUACAGCCGUCGCCUGAAACGAAUGCUUUGCAAAACGAGAUCGCAAAAUGUCUCAAACUGCUUGACGAGAGAGUGGAAUUGCGGGUGUUGAAGGACAUUCAACAAGCUUUAAAUGCUUCCGGUGAGAACAUAGCCGACAGGAGUUUACGAACGUUGGUAAGGAACGUGUUGACGGAGUUUCUUUGCGAGUGCGGUGACAUGGAGAUUGUUCCGGAAUGCUUACGACACGUCCUUGCCAUCAUAAAGAAAAGUUGUGAAGCUUGUGUUCCUCACCCGGAGAAAAUAAGUAUAGAGGAAGACGUAGAAUCUAUUUUGAGCGUGAGUGCUUCUAUGAAACAACUUGUGUGGGACUUGAUUCCUCAUUCGGAAGAUGAAAAACUAGACCGAGAGUUUGCUGAUGCGUACAUGGAGGAUCUAGAAGACAGUUACGACGACGAAGAUGAAGAUGAUGAUGAAGAUGAAGACAUUUCAUCAGUGAGUACAGGGUACAGUAAAUGUCACUUCUCACAACGUAUGCAUUUGAUGCGACACCACUUGGUAAGGGUGAAAAUUCCGCAACAAGAGGGCCAUACUGACGACCGGAGGAGGAGGAGCACGUGUAAGAACAACCAGUACCUUGCUGUCCAAGCUGCUACUGAUGAGGCGAGUAUGGUAGCGUAUCGUCUGAUUGAUCAUAUCUUGAAUGAUGAUAGUGGAGCGGAGGAGGGAAAAAAGCGCAAAGCUACUAGCGAGGAGGAGGAGGACCUGGAAGACGAUGGCUCUGGCUCUUUAGUUCUUAAGGCGGUUGAAGAACUAUUACCUUCGUUUGCUAAAAAAUGUGAAGGACUAAAGAAGUCAAAGUGAAGAAGAUAAAAAGUCAAAAGGUAUAGCAGCAGCAGAUUCUGAAAUUUACACCUUUGUUUUCUCACUUGUAAUUUCAACUACAUUAGUACAGACUUACUUACUUACUUACUGGUUAUGGAUGUAUGAUUUCAUCCGAUUAUACACAACAAACAAACAAACAAACAAACGUUAAGUAAUAGAGGAGGGGUGGGGAGGGGAUACUGCCUCAUACCGCCCUCCCUCUUUUGUUAAUAUUAUCAAGCGUCAUAGAUUGAAUUGUUA